AAAAAAUUUAGACCCAAAAGGUACUUGUAAAUUUUCGGUCCGGUUCCGGGUCGGGUAUUUUUGGGUCGGUUCCGGUUCGGGUCUUCGGGUCCAGGUUAAAAUGCCCAUGCCUAUGCCAAUUAUAACUAAUUAUCAGCAAUUAAUGUCAUCUGUAAAUCAUGAUGAAUUAUGUGGUUUUAGGAAGGUGCUGUAGCCUGUAGGAUGAUGAGGGAUAUACAAAAAUUUAUAUUUUCCUGGUCGUAAUUUUGGUUUCGUUCUCAUAAUUUUGCUCUAUAAGGUGGAUCAACCAAUUGCUUUUAUUAUUUUUGGGUCGUUAGCUAUUUGUAUUUUUUUUAUCUAAAACAAUAUAGAAGCAUGUUCAAGGAGUAAAAAAAAAAUCUUUUAAGAAGAUAGAAAAAUAUGUGAAAUAAUCGAAUUAUUGCAACGCGUACAAUACCACUAUGAUGACAUACUUUUCCUCUGUAAAACACGUGUUCUGAACUUCAGAAAAAAGUGAUGUUAAGUUAAAAGAGCUAAAGAGUUCUUUACAAAAAAGAGGCAGUUUUAGAGUAGAUAUCACAUUUGAACUCUUUGGACACCAAAGCUAAAAAUGUGAAGAAGCCAAUGGCAAAAUUUCAUCUGAAACUUCAUUGAGUAUUGAACUGUACUAACCGCGUAUACAUGUACAAACAAGUCUUCUAAAAUUAUCUUUUUCUUCGGAAUUAAUGAUGUUAUUUUUUUUGUAUAAUCACUAUCAAAAAGGAAUAAGAAGAAAUGUUAUAGUGUGCGCGUUUUGAAUUCGGACGAUGACCAAACCAGUUUACUUUUAAGCUAUUCAAUGCUUAUCCUAGGAAUUAAAUUUCGUAACCUGAAACAGUUAUAGUAUGGAAAAUCAGAUUAUUUCCUACUCCAGCUCCCGUUUUAUUUACACUUACAUUUUGGGCUAAACUACCCACAAAGGAACAAAAGGCCCAAAUCGAACCUUCGGAAAAGGACCUGAAGAAAUGGGAAAGAUCAUAUCCGAAUCUCUCUCCUGCGCACAAGGUAGCAUUUGUUGCGUUAGCUGUGUUCAGAGAGAUAUUGAAGUUCUUGUUAUUAUUCCUUUCAGCAGUUUCUGAUCUUUGUUGCAUUAGAUUUUAUAGUCUUGUAACUCAUAAUUACUUGGCAGGCUUUCGAUCCCCCUAUAUAUUUGAGUUAGGAUUUUGAUGGUUGUGAAGACUCAAAUCCUGAAUGUACUCCAAAGAAAAAUGCAUCAAGACACUGAAACUAAUAUAUUUGUAUAAAUGCAGGAGCGAACUAUGAUUGUGAUGGGGAAAACGGCCAAUUCAUACAUCAACAGCGGGACGCGGUCCCGAUCAAUACAUGAACUCCAGACCUGUGCAAAAACAUACAUCAACAACAUUUUUAUUUAAAAUUCAUACAUAAACUAACACUCUUCUGUCAAUACAUACAUAAACCGAGUUUCCGUUAUCUUUAUUCUAACGGUGUAUUAUGUGGAUUUAACGUUGGUUACGUGGAUUAAAUGAGUUUAUUACGUGGAUUAUCAGAACGAAAAAAUAGAAAACGACGUCGUUGUGGGCUUUUGAAAACGCGUCGUUUUGUUUUUUCUGAAACAAAAGUCACUUUCUCACUUUCUUCGUUUGCUGUCGACAACUCAAGAAAAGAAUCAGAGUUUGGGAGAGAAGAGAGUAAAACGUGAUUGAGAGAGAAGAAGAGAGUAAAACGGGAUUGAGAGAGAACCAAUAAUGUCUACCACAUCGAACCCUAAUUCCUCGUAUGAUACAGCUAUGAGCGGAAAUUGGAGGCAAAAUUGGAGGCGAGAGAGGAUUGAAAGAGGGUUUCCGAGUGCUUGUAAGAAGUGUGGAGCAGGCGCUGUGAUUUUUACAUCCAAAACGACCAAGAACCCAGGGAGACUUUUCCAUGGUUGUCCUAAUGGUAGUGAAGAGGAUAAGAAUCAUUUGUUCAAAUGGACGGAUGAGUCUGCUGUGGAGGAAAUUGAUGAUAUGAAGAGCUUGUAUGAUGACAAAAUCGGCCGUUUGGAGCUUCAGUCUCAGAGAUGUGAAGAUGUAGUGAGAAGCUAUGAAAAAAAGAUUGAAGAUUUGGGUGAUGCUUUGGCUGGGUUUGAAAAAGAGAUGAAGGAGAUGAAAGAGUUGGUUCACGGGUAUGAGAAAGAUGUGAAGAGCUUGAAGAAGAUGGUAGUUUGUGGAGUUGGAAUGAUGAUUGUGUACUACUAUUUUGCUAUGUACUAAUGUGCAAGAUUGCAAUGAAUUGUUUCAGUUUCAGUUACAAUAUGUUUGUCGGAUUGGUUGUUUUUCAAGGGGUUAACAGCUUCUGUUAUAAGAUAAGAACUAUUUUAAACAGAAGAUUGUGAUAACAUAACAAGUUUUACAAAAUAGAUAAGUUUUAGAACAUCACUAAGUUAUACAAAAGAUAAGACUUUUGAAACAUCUUAGCCGCUUCAUACUAGGACAACACACCAAAAACCAAAUAUGAUACCAAAAGAAACCGAUCCUUAAUAAUAACCUGAGACCUGAAAAAGAGCCAAAAUUGCUGUUAGAAGAUUAUCAAAAGACCAAUGCUGUUAGAAGAUUAUCACAAGACCAAUGAAACAUAAAUAGGAGAGCAAACCUGAAUUUAGGCUGGUGGUUGACUUGGUCCCUGAGCUUGUGAUGGCUGACUUGGUCCCGGAGCUUCGCUUUGUGAUGGCUGACUUGGUCCCUGACCUUCACCUUGCGAUGGCUGUGUCUU